CGGAGUUGAGGUUCGCACGUGGGCGAACCAUUCUGACACCGUCGGCUUCUCACUCGGCCCGGUCCUCACGCCGCCGUCUCCUCCUCGACAGCCGCCGCAGCCUCCCUCGCCCCUAGCCAGGGCCUCGCCAUGUCGGUGCUGGACAUGUUCCUGUCCGUGAACAAGUCUCUGAGCGUGGAGCAGGAGAAACGCGAGGAGAUCCGGGAGACGGUGCAGGCGCUGGAGCAGACGGCGCGGGAGACGCUGACGCUGCUGCAGGGCGUGCACCAGGGCCUGCAGCCCGUGCCAACUAUCUGUCAGAAGGCAAGAGAGCGCUUCGAAGAAGUUAAAGUUCACUUUGCUGUACUCAAGACCAAGUUCCCUCCCGAGUAUUACUAUAGAUUUCAUGACCACUGGCGGUUUGUGCUGCAGCGCCUCAGCUAUCUAGCCGCCCUGCUUGUGUACCUGGAAGCCGAGAGCCUGAUCUCGCGGGAGGAAGCUGCCAAAAUCCUUGGAAUUGAGGUGCAGCAGGAGAAAGGCUUCCAUCUGGACCUGGAUGAUUACCUCACUGGGCUGCUGAUGAUGGCCAGUGAAUUGGCACGCCUGGCAGUAAACAGCGUGACAGCCGGGGAUUAUGGGCGGCCCAUUCGAGUGGCGGCGUUUGUGCACGAGCUGGACGCUGGCUUCCGUUCGCUCAACCUGAAGAACGACUCUCUGCGCAAGCGCUACGAUGGCCUCAAGUACGACGUGAAGAAGGUGGAGGAGGUGGUGUACGACCUGACGAUCCGUGGUCUCACAAAGCCCACCGAUCAGUCGCAGGACAAUGCCGGUAAAGGUGAAGAAAGCAAGCCUUAGUGUGGGCGAAUUCCAGUGAUAUUCAUGAGGAUGAAAUUAGGAGUACAUUUGUAAAAUGAGGAAUGCUGCGACAGGAAAGCUUGGUAAUAAAUUGAGUGAGUUUGGCGAGACGUUGAAAUGCAUACGGAAGGCAUACGUGUGAGUUUUCCUUACCACUCGGAAGUAUGAAGAGCAUUUUUUACCUUGUGUUCAUUCCAUUGUGAGCUAGAUUUUUGUCAAGCAACUACGUCGUUACAAGCUUUAUAUUUUGUUGGCUGGUAAUAUAAUUUACAUUAAUGGCAAAUGAAGAGUCUUGUAAAGAGCUAAGUAGAGAGGUUAUGGGCCUUUAUAAAUAGUGAUUACAUCAGAAAUGCUCAGAAAUUGUUUCAUCUGUUUUAUUGAAAAAAUACAUCUUGCUAUACAUCUACAUUGAGAAGCUUUUCGAUAGUAGCUAAGGAACAGAAGGAAUAUUUUGAACAUAGGAAUUUUUGUUUAUAUAUUUUGCGUUGCUGCAUGCCUAAACAGUGUAAAAAAUGUUUGUUACAUCUUGAAAUAUUCUUGCAGCUUAAAUCCUGAAUAGUAUUCUGUACAAAUGAUAUGCUUCAUAGGAGCAUUCAGUCAUUUCAAUUAAAGUUUACGGUUAGUA